AUGGGAGCCGUGCCGACCUCGACUGUGAUUUCGACGGACGUGGAAACCGCGCGUGAUGUGAACGAGAAUGCGGGGAAUCAUCUUGGGGGGUCCGCCGAUGUCGACUACUCGGUCUUCACCAUUAGCCAGCGGCGGUAUAUCGUUUUCAUGGCGUCGUGGGCUGGGUUCUUCUCGCCAGUCUCGUCUCAGAUCUAUUUCCCGGCCUUGAACACCUUGGCUCGAGAUCUUCAUGUCUCAAACUCCCUGAUCAACUUGACUCUCACGAGCUACAUGAUUUUCCAAGGUUUGUCACCUAUGUUCAUUGGCGAUUUUGCCGAUAAGGCUGGAAGACGACCUGCAUACGUGGUGUGUUUCAGUAUUUACAUCGCCGCCAACAUCGGGCUGGCCUUGCAGAACAACUAUGCGGCCCUGUUCGUCCUCCGAUGCCUGCAAAGUGCGGGAAGCAGCACUACGAUUGCCCUUUCGUCGGGUGUCGUCUCCGAUGUAGCCACCGCAGCCGAGCGAGGAUCCUACAUGGGCUUCGUCACGGCAGGCUCGCUUUUAGGGCCUUCCGUGGGCCCUGUCAUUGGAGGUCUGCUCUCUCAAUAUCUCGGCUGGCGGGCCAUCUUCUGGUUCCUCGUCAUCUUCUCUGGGGCCUUUAUGGUUCCAUUUCUUGUUUUCUUCCCGGAAACCGCUCGGGGCGUCGUUGGCGACGGUUCAUUACCGCCUCAAAAGUGGAACAUGUCCUUGAUUAGCUAUCUCAAACUUCGAAAAGCUAGUAAGGAAGGUAUCGAACCUCCGCCCAAUUCGCGCAAACAGAAGCUACAGUUCCCGAAUCCUCUACAAACGCUCGCCAUCGUUUUCCAAAAGGAUAUCGGCAUCCUCCUCUUCUGCAAUGCCAUCCUUUUUGCCGGUUUCUAUGAUGUCAGCGCAACGAUACCAUCGAUCUUUCACGAGCUAUACGGCCUAGACGAUCUUCAAAUUGGCUUGUGUUAUAUCCCGUUCGGCCUUGGGGCUUCUAUUGCGUCCAUAUUGAACGGCAAGUUCUUGGAUUAUAACUACCGCCGCAUCGCAAAGCGACUGGGAUUCCCCGUGGUUAAAAAUCGUCAGACAGACCUAAGGAAUUUCCCAAUCGAGAAAGCUCGCCUUGAAAUUGCGUUCCCAAUGCUUACAAUCGGAAGCCUUUCAAUUCUCGCAUUCGGAUGGUGCUUAAAUUUUGGGGUUCACCUGGCUGCCCCAACCACCAUUCUGUUCCUCAUGGGUCUCACUCUGACAGGGGCUUUCAACACUAUCGGUACUAUCCUGGUGGACUUCUACCCGACACAGGCGGCCAAGGCCACAGCCGCCAACAACAUUGUGCGAUGCUUGCUCGGAGCGGGCGCAACAGCCUUGAUUGACCCGAUGCUCGCAGCCAUGGGCCGUGGGUGGUGCUUUACCUUCGUUUCGCUGAUCAUGCUGGCCACAUCUCCGUUACUGUUACUGGUCAUCUACAAGGGGCCUGAAUGGCGGGAAGAGCGCCGUCUAAAGGAGGAGGCCAAGAAAACUGGCGCGGAGACAAAAUCUACGAAUGAGAAAUGA